AUGUCACAAGAGGGCAUGCGGUUCCCGACAAAUGUUCCCUUAGAACAUUUGUUGGUGCCCAGGAAUAGGAACAAAGCGAAAAUCUCCCGUUCUCAAAAUAGUUUCAUCCUAUAUCGUAAAGAUCUUAAAGUAGAGAUACAACGACAAAAUCCAAACGCUAGUUUAGGGGACAUAUCCAAGAUAAUAUCAGAGAAAUGGAAAAAUGAGUCAACGGAGAAAAGGAAUUUUUUUACGGUUCUCUCUAGAAUUAGCUUUUUAAUUCAUGAUGAACUCUCCGGCGUUAAAGGUAAUACUAAUCAACUAAAUAACGAAGAUGCGUCAUCUUCUGAAAAGGAAAAGGAACCCUGGAGGCAUUCCGCUUCAACACCUCAAAUGGUACUGUGGCCGACAGAAUUACAAGAAAUUUCAUCAUUACAUACCCAAGAUUCCUUUUACCUACAACCGACAGGAAUCGAACAUCACUCACCCAUCUGA